AUGGUGCAGCAGUAUGCCCACGAAGAGCCGGAUGUCUCUGCGACCGCUGUCACGCCAACGCGCGUUUUGCGGCCACGAGCACGCCCGUCAUCAGUGGCGAUAGACACGCAGCGAGUCGACCAUAGUAAUCACCCCGCCGAGGAAACAAAGCCUUCAUCCACAGCGAGAUCGUCCAAGAAGCGCAAAGCGCCAAGCAAGUAUGCGCAUCCAUCCAAGUACCAACACCUUAGCCCUCUUACCGACAUCCUCGCUCCAAAUCUGAUUGCCAUUUUCGUUGGCACCAACCCUGGCAUACGUACUGCCGCUCAAGGACAUGCCUACGCGCAUCCUUCCAAUCAAUUCUGGAAACUGCUUCACUCGAGCGGCUGCACUGAUGAACGACUACGCCCGGAGCAAGAUUCCGAAUUGCCUGCCCGUUACCUCCUUGGCAAUACUAAUAUUGUAGAGCGACCCACCAGAGACGCUGCCGAACUCAGCAAGGCUGAGAUGACUGAUGGUGCUCCCGUUCUGCAUGAAAAGUGCCGUACAUGGCGUCCGGAAUGUGUUUGCAUCGUCGGUAAGGGCAUCUGGGAGGCCAUCUUCCGUCAUCAUCAUGGGAAGAACCCCAGUAAAGCCGAGUUUCAUUGGGGCUGGCAGGAUGAGAACGAAAAUAUGGGCCGUAUUGCUGCUGUUGGAGAAGACGGUUAUCAGGGUGCGAGGGUCUUCGUCACGACUAGUACGAGUGGCCUUGCCGCCAGUCUGAAGCCUGCUGAGAAGGAAGCUAUCUGGAAACCAUUUGGGGAAUGGUGCAAGGAGAGAAGAGCCUCCCGAAACUGGCCACCGUCUGAAUCUGAGGGUCAAAUGCCAAUCUGA